AUGAUAUCUCAAUGGUGUUUUUGGUUUGCAUUUCGAUCCUGGGUCAGUGGGGCAUUAGCGUCUCUGGUGGAUACCACCUUUACUUUCCAACUUCCCUAUCGAGGACAGAACAUUAUCAAUCACUUCUUUUGUGAACCUCCUGCCCUCCUGAAGCUGGCUUCUGCAGACACCUACAGCACAGAAAUGGCCAUCUUUGCAAUGGGUGUGGUCAUCCUCUUAGCUCCUGUCUCCCUGAUCCUUGUCUCCUACUGGAAUAUCAUCUCCACUGUGACCCAGAUGCAGUCUGGGGAGGGGAAGCUUAAGGCUUUCUCCACCUGUGGCUCCCAUCUCAUUGUUGUUGUCCUCUUCUACGGAUCAGGAAUAUUCACUUACAUGCGGCCAAACUCCAAGACUACAAAAGAGAGGGAUAAGAUGAUAUCUGUGUUCUAUACGGUGGUGACUCCAAUGUUGAAUCCCAUAAUUUAUAGCCUGAGAAACAAGGAUGUCAAAGGAGCUCUUAGGAAACUAGCUGGAAGAAAGCCCUUUUCUCACAGACAGUGAUCUCUGGGUCUGAAUUUUAGAGCUAUAGUAACAUUCUUAAAAGAGGAGCAGAAUUUCAGUAGGCAGUUAUGAAUUAGGUCAUUUCAGGAAGAA